AGUAACUAAAGAGAAACGUCAAAUCAGUAAUUGAAGAGUCGAAAAGUGUAUACGCGUUCAUGUUGCAAUUAAAUUUCUCGAAAAGAAGUUAUUUCCACCACCCAAAGGACAACAAGUAAAACCAAACCAGUGGCAUAUCUCCCGCAUUUCGACGGUACCAGUACUUUCCGGUUGAUGCACGCAACGGGAAGAUGGCCAACGCAGACACCAUCCAAGUGAGUUCGCUUCCUCUGCCACCGGCCCAGUAUAUCAAUCUCUACACCGAUGAAAACAUUCGGAAGAAUCGGGCCCCGAAGCCCCCGGCACCAAUUCAGGAUGCGUACACCAUGUUCGGAAAUCCGUUCAGUAACGAUGACAACAUUAUUCGACCGCUAGAAGCACAAGGCUUCAAACGGCUGUACCCGCAGCAUUUCGACAGACGAAAGGAACUGAAGAAGUUAAAUCAUUCGCUGCUUGUCAAUUUUCUGGAUCUGAUCGACUUGUUGGUACACUAUCCGGACAGCCCACGGAGGGCUGAAAAGAUCGAGGAUCUAAGCCUUCUGUUCGUACACAUUCACCACUUGCUGAACGAGUUCCGUCCGCACCAGGCACGGGAAACGCUGCGUGUUAUGAUGGAACUACAGAAGCGCCAGCGGAUAGAAACCACGCAGCGGUUUCAAAACCAUCUGGAGAAGGUGCGAGAAAUGGUGAAGAAUGCUUUCGCAUCGCUGCCGGAUCUUACCGAAUCGGACCGGUUGGCUGGAACGGCUGAACCGAUGGACACUGGUGAUGAUAACGACGCCAACAAAAACCGUGGGGAAGGGUGCCACCCGCUAGAUCGCCUCAUGUGCGAACUGGUGGAUAAUAUGUAAUAAGAGCGUUAUUUUUUUCUUAUUCUCGAUAAAACUAAGUAUAAUAAUAAUACAUUAUUUGAGGCCCUUAGCAAAAUGCAGGAGUAAACGGGUAAGCGCUUACGUCUUGGUUUUUCGUCUACUCACCGGGAUCUCGAGUGUUGGCUGCCGAACACAAAUUUUAUCAAUUUAUCCGUUAGUUUGGAUUCCGGGCAAUGUAAUGCAGCUUUGGCUAGAUUUCCUUUUUUUCAACAUAGAGUAACCAGAAAUCAGCUAUUAAAACCUCGUUUAAACAAAUAUAAAUUAUUAGUAGCUUUCAAAACA